AUGUUCAAGAAACGAGUAGUGAAAGGUUCCAGGGAUAGCAAAAGGAAACGACUUGCAGAUGAGGCCGUCGCAUCUGACCCAGUGCUGCCGAAAGAUACCGGAAAGACCGCUGUUGCUGAAGCACAGGUUGAGGUUGAAAAUGAGGAUAAACGUGCUUUGUAUCUAGCAAAAGAAAGAGAAGAGCAAGAACAGGAGUUGGAACUCCGAAGGAAGGAACGUACGGUUUUAGAACAGGAGAUAGACGAAGAUAUCGAACGGAAGGCAAAAGCCAAAGUUUCCGGGUUUGUCAAGCCAGUAAGCAAAAAUAUGAAAACGGUUACAAUCACCGAUUAUCAACCGGACAUUUGUAAAGAUUUCCAAAAGACUGGGUACUGUGGGUACGGUGAUAGUUGUAAGUUCCUACAUUCCAGAGAUGAUGUCGCAGGUGGAUGGAAACUCAACACGGACUGGAAAGUCGAUGAAACUCAGGAGAAAGAGGUUCUCAAAGAGUUGGAAGAGAUACCGUUCAGGUGCUUCCUUUGCAAAAAAGAAUAUACAUCGCCCGUGGUAACAAAAUGUAACCACUACUUUUGCAGCUCUUGCUUCAUGAAGCAGAUGAAGGUCUCAACAAACUGUCCUAUAUGCGGGAAGGAAACGGAAGGUGCUGCUAAGAUGGCUACCAAAUUGAGAAAGUUGUUAAAGAAGACGUGA